AUGCCGACCGUUAGCGUGGGUCGCGAUCGGCUCUUCGCCGCGCUCGGCAAAACUUACACGGAGGAGGAAUUCGAUGAGCUCUGCUUCGAGUUCGGCAUUGAGCUUGAUGACGUGACCACAGAAAAGGCGAUCAUCCGCAAGGAGAAGCACCUAACGGACGAGGGUCCAGCGGAGGACGAGGAGGUGAUCUACAAGAUCGAGGUGCCUGCCAACCGCUAUGACCUGCUGUGCCUGGAGGGGCUGGCCCGCUCGCUGCGCAUCUUCCUGGGCAUGGACCCUGUGCCCCAGUUCAAGCUCGCCCAGCCUUCCAGCCCACCCAUUCAGAUGACCGUCAAGCCCGAGACGGCCCUGAUCCGUCCCUUCGUGGUGGGGGCAGUGCUGCGCAACAUCACGUUCGACCAGCACCGCUACAACAGCUUCAUCGACCUGCAAGACAGGCUGCACCAGAACCUGUGCCGUCGCCGCACGCUUGUGGCGAUCGGGACACACGACCUAGACACACUCACACCGCCCUUCACUUAUGAGGCGUUACCUCCCACGGAGAUCAAGUUUGUGCCUCUCAAGCAGACCAAGGAAUUCAAUGCUGCUGAGCUGAUGGAGUUCUACAAGUCUGACAACAAGCUUAAGAAGUUCCUCCACAUUAUCAGCGACUCGCCUGUCUUCCCCGUCAUUUACGAUGCCAACAGGACUGUGCUGUCGCUCCCUCCAGUGAUCAACGGCUCACAUUCAGCCAUCAAGCUGUCCACACGCAACGUGUUCAUCGAAUGCACCGCCACUGACCUCACCAAGGCCAAGAUCGUGCUCAACACCGUUGUCACCAUGUUCUCAGAGUUCUGUGACAACAAGUUCGAGGUGGAACCGGUGGAGGUGGUAUCUACGGAGGGGCAGGUGGCGGUGUACCCUCAGAUGGAGGAGAGGGAUGUGGAGACAUCGGUGGGGUACAUCAACAAGUCCAUUGGCGUUGACCUUCAAGCAGAGGAGAUUGCCCGCCUGCUGACGCGCAUGCAGCUGCCAUCCAAGGUGGUGGAGGGGCGGAGAGGGGAGGACGGGGCGGAGGUGGUGAGCGUGACAGUGCCGCCCACUCGCAGCGACGUGCUCCACCCCUGUGACAUCAUGGAGGACGUGGCAAUCGCACACGGUUACAACAACAUUGCUCGCACCGAGCCCAAGACCGUCUGUGAGGGCAAGCAGCAGCCGCUGAACCAGCUGUGCGACCUGCUGAGGGGCGAGGUGGCCCAGGCGGGCUUCACAGAGGUGCUCACGUGGGCGCUCAUCGCCCGCAGCGAAAAUUUUGAGAUGGUGAACCUCAAGGACGAUGGCAAGACGGCUGUGGUUAUUGGGAAUCCACGGUCUGCAGACUUUGAGGUGGUGCGCUCCUCUCUCCUCCCCGGAAUGCUCAAGACCCUGGCCAGCAACAAGGACUCGCCCCGCCCCGUGAAGCUCUUUGAGGUGUCGGACGUGUGCCUGCUUGACGAGAGCAAGGACGUGGGGGCGAGGAACGAGAGGCGGCUGAUUGCCCUUUACUGCAACCUGCACUCUGGCUUCGAGGUCAUUCAUGGUCUUGUCGACCAGCUUAUGGAAUCGCUGGGAGUGGCGUUUGGAGGCCAGGCAGCGGCGGACGGAACAAUGGCUCUCGCCGAUGGUCCGACUGCUCAGGGUGACGGCGGGGAUGCAAAGGCUGCUCCUGCGGCGCUCAAGUUCUUCAUUGCUCCCUCGCAAUCUCCCCAGUUCUUUGGGGGACGUCAGGCCGAUAUCCUCUUUAAAGGAAGAUCCAUUGGCACCUUCGGUGUCGUCCACCCAGAGGUUCUUGCUCGUUUUGACAUCCCUGAUCCUUGCUCUGCUGUGGAGAUCAACCUAGAGCCGUUUCUUCAGUUAUAG